AUGGAUUUCCUUCUCAUUGGGGUCUGUUUAAACUGGCUGCUGAAAAAGCCCCCAGGGCUGAUCCUGUGUAGCCUGGGUCUUUUUUUAAAAAUGCUGCCAGCCGUGCACACUGGGUGUCCGCAGCUUUGCCGGUGUGAGGGCAGGCUCCUCUACUGCGAGUCGCUGAAUCUCACCGAGAUGCCGCACAACCUGUCGAGCGUGAUGGGGUUGUCAUUGCGGUACAACAGCCUUUCGGAGCUGCGUGACGGACAGUUCACCGGGUUAACGCAACUCACGUGGCUGUAUCUGGAUCACAACCACCUUUAUUCCAUCGAGGCACACGCCUUCCAGAAGCUCCGGCGAGUGAAAGAGCUCACGCUGAGCUCCAACAAGAUCACCCAACUGUCCAACAGCACUUUCCGGCCGAUGCCAAACCUGCGCAGUGUGGAUUUAUCCUACAACAAUCUGCAGGCUUUGGAGCCGGACUUGUUCCACGGCUUGCGCAAGCUCACCACGUUGCACAUGCGGUCCAAUGCCCUCAAGUUUGUGCCUGUUCGGAUCUUCCAGGACUGCCGCAGCCUCAAGUUCCUCGACAUAGGAUACAAUCAGUUGAAGAGCCUGGCUCGCAACUCUUUCGCGGGCUUGUUCAAACUCACCGAGUUGCACCUGGAGCACAACGACUUGGUGAAAGUCAACCUGGCCCACUUCCCCAGGUUGCUCUCUUUGCACUCCCUCUGCCUGCGGAGGAACAAAGUCACCCUUGUGGUGAACUCCUUGGACUGGGUAUGGAAGCUGGAGAAAAUGGACCUCUCCGGCAACGAGAUCGAAUACAUGGAACCUCACGUUUUCGAAAGUGUACCUCACCUCCAGUCCCUCCAACUGGACUCCAACCGGCUCACCUACGUCCACCCCAGGAUCCUCAGCUCCUGGAAGUCCCUGGUUAGCAUCAGCCUCUCGGCCAACGCCUGGGAUUGCGGCCGAAACAUCUGCGCGUUGGCCUCCUGGCUCAGCACUUUUAAAGGCCGCUACGACAACAGCUUGCUCUGUGCCACCCCCGAGUACGCCCAGGGCGAGGACGUCUUGGAUGCCGUCUAUGCUUUCCACUUGUGCGAAGACGCCACGGACCUCACCACCAAUGGCGAUGGCGACCUCUUCUCGGCCGCGGUCAACCAGAGUGGCCCGACGGCCAGCUAUAACCCUUCCACUCUGAACUCUGGCCUGCAGGAGGGCCAAGGGGAUGGGCCCACGGACGCUGUGACCCGGCCCCUCCCCAACGAGAAGACGGAGAACGCCGUCCAGAUCCACAAGGUGGUGACGGGAACCAUGGCCCUCAUCUUCUCCUUCCUCAUUGUGGUUUUGAUACUGUACGUCUCCUGGAAGUGUUUCCCGGUCAGCCUCCGGCAGCUGAGGCAACGCUUUGUGACCCAACGUCGUAAGCAGAAACAAAAGCAGACGAUGCAUCAAAUGGCUGCCAUGUCGGCCCAGGAAUAUUACGUCGAUUACAAACCCAGCCACCUCGAAGGAGCACUGGUGAUCAUAAAUGAAUACGGAUCCUGUACCUGCCACCAGCAGCCAGCAAGGGAAUGUGAGGUGUGA